CUCCUUUCUUCUCAAAUUCGUAGCUCCUCCUGACGGUGCCGGAAAAUAGUCGCUCCACAUCUUCGAUAUUUUUUAUCUAUUUUGUUCAUUUCCCUCUGGAAGGCCCGAAGAUGGCAGGGAUCGACUGCGCCGAAAUCGCUAAUAUGAUCGGCAGUUAGAGUUGGCUCUUUUUCAAUCGAAGCUUAGUUUUCGUUUACCUGUUGCAGUAUGCGGCCGUGACGAUCUUGGGAGAAGGGGUUUUUAGGGUUUUUUUUGUGGUAAAUAUGAUCAAACAGAUACUCGGCAAGCUCCCGCGCAAGCCCUCUUCGAAAUCCUCCUCUAGCGACUCCCUUUCCGACGUAGUAAUAGGCAGAUCUGCGCCGGGUAGGAAGGAAGGUUUCAUUGGCUCUUCUGCUGCCCCGUCAGUUGGGCUAGUCAACGGUGAUGUGGGCCUAUCAGCGUCGUACGAAUCCCUCCCAAGCUUCCGAGACGUGCCGAGCUCGGAGAAACCGGUUCUGUUUCUACGGAAACUCGGCAUGUGCUGCGUGGUCUUUGACUUCUCUGACCCAACAAAGAACGCGCGGGAGAAGGAGGUGAAACGGCAGAUGCUGCUUGAGCUCGUGGACUACGUCUCGAUUGUCACGAGCAAGUUCGGCGAGGCGGCGAUGCAGGAGGCCACGAAGAUGGUGGCGGCCAAUAUCUUUAGAACAUUGUCUUAUUCCACUUGCGGCGAUGGGAUGAAGGUUGUAGAGGGUGCUGAAGCGGAGGAGGAGGAGCCGGCAAUGGAACCUGCCUGGCCUCACCUCCAGAUCGUUUAUGAGUUCUUCCUCAGGUUCAUAGCUUCGUCCGAGACCGAUGCGAAGAUUGCGAAGCGCUAUGUUGAUCACUCCUUCAUACUUCGGCUGCUGGAUCUAUGCGACUCCGAGGAUCCACGGGAGAGGGAGUACUUGAAGACAAUUCUCCAUCGGGUUUAUGGGAAGUUCAUGGUUCACCGGCCUUUCAUUAGAAAGGCCAUUAACAACAUCUUCUACCGAUUCAUAUUCGAGACAGAGAAGCACAAUGGGAUUGCAGAACUACUUGAAAUUCUCGGCAGUAUAAUCAAUGGUUUUGCGCUACCACUGAAAGAGGAGCACAAAUUGUUCCUUGUUCGGGCGUUGAUUCCACUCCACAAGCCUAAGUGUCUUGCUCUGUACCACCAGCAGCUGUCCUACUGCAUCACGCAGUUUGUGGAGAAGGACAACAAGCUGGCUGACACAGUCAUUAGGGGAAUCUUGAAAUACUGGCCCCUAACCAAUAGCUCGAAAGAGGUUAUGUUACUUGGGGAGCUGGAGGAGGUUCUCGAGUUCACUCAGGAGCCUGAAUUCCAGAGGUGCAUGGUGCCUCUCUUCCGACAGAUAGCUAGAUGCCUUAACAGUUCACAUUUUCAGGUAGCCGAACGUUCAUUAUUUCUUUGGAACAAUGACCAUUUAAGGAACUUAACUACCCAGAACCGUAAAGUCAUUCUUCCUCUCAUUUUCCCAGCCCUCGAGAAUAACAUGAGAGGACACUGGAACCAAGCCGUCCAAGGUCUAACACUCAAUGUUAGAAAGCUCUUCUUGGACGCCGACCAGGAGCUCCUCGACAAUUGUUCCCUUCAAUUCCAUGAGAAUGAGGCCAAGGAGAGGGAGUUACAGGCAAAGCGGGAAUUGAUCUGGAAGCGGUUGGAGAACAUUGCCGCAUCCAAAGCCAUCAGCAAUGAGGCCGUGCUGGUUUCACGGAAAGUUUCUUCUCUUACUAUGACUACUUUAAGCCCUCGAACGACUGUUGGCUCGUAAUUCUGCCAUGUUAUUGCUCUCACUACAUUCAAAAAAGUUUUAAGUCUUGGGCAAGAUGAUAAGGUGGGAGGUGGUUUUAUGUGGCUUCUCAUGUUAUUUUGGUUAUGAUUUCAGGACAUGAGAAAUUGCAAUUGUGUGUAUAGAAUUGGAUCAUGCUUUGGUGUCAUUUUAUUAAAAUUAUUCAUAUCAGCAGUAGAAUGUUCUUGAUCCUGAAUUUUUUGUCACAACUUUAAUUUCAUUUUGUAGUGUGCAUUUAGAUGCCAAAUAUCAUUUGCUAUUUAUUGGAAAUCAAUGGGUUCAGAAUAUCCAAAUCAAGUUGGAUUUA